AUGACUUCACAAUGGCUAGGUUCAAUGCCCCCUCCUCCGGGAGUCGAGCCGAACUUUAUCGAUCCGUAUGACCAUAUGAAGGAGAACAUUGCGCUGCACUCGGUCUUGUUGACCAUCACCACGCUGGCCGUGGGCAUGAGGCUGUAUACGCGCAGUAUUAUCACAAAGGCCAAGCUGGGCGUGGAUGAUUACUUUUGUGUGAUAUCAUAUUUUUUAACCGUGGGGUUCUCGGUAUUCAUGUUUCUCUGUUAUCACAAAGGCAUCGGGCGCCAUCUAUGGAAUGUCCCUGUUCAAUGGGUCGUCGAUAUGCUAAAGUUCUUCACCAUCGGCUCAUACAUCUACUUACUUGCCUCCGGCUGCGUCAAACUCACCUUCCUCUUCUUCUACUACCGCAUCUUCUCUGGAUCUACCAAGAUGCGCUACCUCAUCAUUGCCGGCAUCGUCUUGACAUUUGGCUUCACCACCAGCCUCUUCUUCGGCACCGUCUUCAGCUGCAUCCCCGUCGAGCGGGCGUGGAACCCAAUCGUCCCUGGCCACUGUCUGAACCCUGUCUAUCUGCCUUAUGUCUCUGGCGUCUCGAGCUCGGCUCUGGACUUGUACACGCUCAUCUUGCCUGUGCCUGUCGUUGUGGGACUUAACAUGGACCUGAAGCGGAAGUUCAAGGUCGUUGCGGUGUUUGGCAUUGGUCUCUUUGCCUGCGCUGCGAGCCUUGUCCGCCUUGGAAUGACGCCGAUUCUCCGCAGCAACCCCGAUGCUUCAUGGAACCUCUCCUGGAUGGCCGUGUGGGCGACCGUCGAGAUCAACGUCGGUCUCAUCUGCGCCUGUCUGAUGCUUCUCCCCGCCUUCCUCAACCACGUCCUCGAAGGCCCCAUCCUGAACUCCAUGUCGCGCCUCUUCUCCGGCGCCUUUGGACGACUUUCCGGACGGAGGACCCAAGAGAGCAAGUCGCCCAUCGGGGGCCACGACACGUGGGUUCCCUACGUCGAGCAGCGAGACUCCGAUUCGCAGUUCAAGGGCCUCAACAACCACCAGAUGACGGUGCAUGCAAGAUAA